AUGUCCAAGUCGCAUGCGGACGAGCGAUCGCGCAUCCUUCUCACGGAUGACCCGGCCACAAUCCACAAGAAGGUCAAGGUCGCGCUCACGGAUUCGGAGGCGACCAUCACGUACGACCCGGUGCAGCGCCCGGGGGUGUCCAACUUGAUCGAGAUUCUCAGCCACUUCGAGGAGCGACCGUGUGAGACGAUUGUGCGGGAAUACAAAAGUGCCAGCCUGCGGGCGCUGAAGGAACAAGUGGCAGGGCAGAUUACGCAUCAUCUGCGCCACAUCCGGGAAGGCUACGCGGCUCUCGUGGCAAACCCAGCGUCGGUGGACACGAUCGCACAGAUGGGGGCGCAGGCGGCCCAGGACCACACGGAGGAGACGAUGCGAAGCGUCCGCGCGGCCGUGGGAUUGUGA